CUUCUAUCAAAGAAUCCAAUGUGUGAAUAUUGAACGGGCAAGCUUUAUUGACUUUUGUGUUUUGGACUACCAUUCUCGCUUCUCCAAUUCUGCCCAGUCCUCUCGGAGGCUGGCGCACAAGCUCGCGCUCUUUAUAUAAGCUAUGCGCUUACAGAUAAUGCCCAUAUCCUUUCACAAUGGACGGCGAUUGGGCUGAGGUCACCCGGAUUCCGUUCCCGCCUCCGGGCGUGCACGCGAUGCCCACUCCGGUUGCGACUAUGACCUUCGACAACUCCCAGGAACUACUUUGGACGGGUAAUGAAUAUGGUCGAGUCACUUCCUUCUACGGGACCGAACUACAGCGGUAUACCUCUUUCAGGGCCCAUGCAUCCUCUGAUGGACCGAUUCGUCAAAUACUCGUUAAUGAGAAAGGCAUUGUGUCCCUGGGUGCCAAAGAUGUGCAUAUGGCUAUUCGGAGAGGACUGCCUAUAUGGCACAUCAGACAUGAUGAUAUGAAAGAUUUACGAUGUAUGAGCUUUACGUCUAAGGGAACGGCAGAGAUUAUCGCUGCAGGAAUGCAAGAUACAAUGCUUGUCAUUGACCUCAUUAAGGGUGAUGUUGUCAAACAGGUACCUACCGAACAUCAGUACACGAUAAUGAGACGCGGGCGUUAUAUAUGCGCCGCAACUCAGACCGGCUCUGUCAACUUACUAGAUCCUGUCACAUUUGCUGUUGUCAAGUCUUGGAAUGCACACUCUGCCUUGAUCAAUGACAUGGAUGCUCAGCACGACUUCAUCGUAACGUGCGGAUACUCUUUGAGGCAAGGCCAGAAUUAUAUGCUCGACCCUUUCCUCAACGUCUUCGAUAUAAAGAAGAUGUCAUCGAUGCCCCCUAUCCCUUUCCCAGCCGGCGCUGCUUACGUGCGCAUGCAUCCAAGGAUGUUGACAACUAGCAUCGUCGUCUCACAGAGUGGGCAGAUGCAUGUUGUUGACCUUAUGAAUCCUAACACGAGCGACGUACGGUUAGCUAAUGUUACUUCCUACUUGAGCAUGUUUGAGAUUGCACCCUCCGGUGAGGCAAUUGCCCUCACAGAUGCUGAUUGCUCUAUUCAUCUCUGGGGAUCUCCAACAAAACUCCAUUUCGUGGACUUACCAACUCCGAUCGAGUUCGCGACUCCUGAAGAGCCCUUACCAAACAUUGAUUGGGGCCCAGAUACGCCCUUGAACAUGAUAGGAUUGCCGCAUUAUCGAGAUGUUCUGGCAUCCGCUUGGCCAGACAUACCCUGCGAUGUUGGAGCGCCUCCUGUUAAGUUUGAUCCACAGUUCCUGGCAGGGCUCAAGCCGACUGAGUUUGGACUGUACGGUCGUAAUACUCGGGGUUUGCGAAGAAACCAGGCUGAGAACACUCGAAACGUAAAUAAGUCAGGAAGCUCUGGGCUCAAGGCUCCCAAAUUCCUCAGUGAAAAGGCUCGCGAGCUCGCCACUAGUAACGCUGCUGCCAAUGAUAAGAAGGCUGACGAGCUGAUCAGCUCUCUUACUGAUAUGGGACUUGAAAGCAAGAAGUCUGACGUUCCAGUCAUGUAUCGAAAUGUUGAGAUCAAAUACAGCAAAUUCGGUGUGGACGACUUUGACUUCGGUUUUUACAACAGCACGCGAUACUCUGGACUCGAGACUCAUAUCUCGAAUUCAUAUGCCAAUUCACUUUUACAAAUCAUGCACUUCACCCCUGUCAUUCGAAACCUUGCUCUUCAACACGCUGCUACCUCUUGCGUGAGCGAGAUAUGCCUGCUGUGCGAGCUUGGAUUCUUGUUUGAUAUGCUUCAAAAGGCUGAAGGGUCAAUAUGUCAAGCAACAAAUUUACUAAAAACCCUAAGCAGUCAUCCUCAGGCUGGUCCUCUUGGUCUACUCGAAGAGGAUCCUCAUGGAUCAUCUCUUAACGUUAUGCUCCAGGGACUCACUCGCUUUCUCCUGGAUAAAAUCGUGCAUGACUAUAAGACUAUCAACCCAUCAUCGACUGCCAUGGACCAGGUACUGGCCACUUCCGCAACGACCUCAAUCAGAUGCAUAAACUGUAGGAGCGAAUAUACUCGACCAGGAUCAACAUAUGUCAAUGAUCUGCUUUAUCCAUCCCCUGCCGGGAGCCGAAAUGCCAAGUUACCGCGCAUCAGCUUUUCUCAGGUUCUCAAAAAUAGUGUUGAAAGAGAAACGACAUCUAAAGGAUGGUGUAGUCGAUGUCAGCGGUACCAAACCAUAGCGACGAGAAAGAGCAUUCACAGUAUACCGGCUGUACUCAUGCUAAACACUGCCAUCACGAACCAAGAUCAACGAAUGCUUUGGUCAACACCAGGCUGGCUUCCCGAGGAGAUUGGAAUCAUUGUAGAGCAAGGACAGUUUUUCUGUUACGAAGGGGAAGACCUGAAACUUCAUCUCCAGAGGGGCAUUCAUAACAUCACAGUCUAUUCAUUGACAGGUAUGGCCAUCAACAUUGAGAGUGGACAAACGCAAAAGUCACAUCUUGUCUCGAUGGUCAAUGGUAAGUCUCUUACACCCCAUCGCCCCUCACGGCUGACCAAAGGAAUAGUGGCACAUGCAGAACCAGAAGCACCUGGAGAGAGUCGAUGGCAUCUUUUCAAUGACUUCUUGGUGAGAUCGGUCAGCACGGAAGAGGCACUUGCUUUCAACACAUCUUGGAAGGUCCCUUCUGUAAUUGCAUACCAGAUAAAGGAUGAAAACAACAAGAUCGAUACUGAAUGGAAGAACAACAUCGAUACUUCCAUACUUUACCAAGACUUCAAUCCAAACGCCGAUCCAUCAACAAAGACAUAUCAAGUGCUCAACCCCGAAACCGAGGCCCCUGGCCCCGAUACUAUCAUUGCACUGGACACUGAGUUUGUUGCUGUGCGACAACCCGAAAUUGAAAUGAACUCUGAUGGUGAGCGAGAAACUAUACGGCCGAUAGUGUACGCACUAGCUCGCGCAUCAGUUGUCCGUGGUCAGGGGGAAAAUGAAGGCACGCCCUUCAUCGAUGAUUACAUUAACAUCAAAGAACCAAUUGUCGACUACUUGACAUCGUACUCGGGAAUCACUGAACAAGACUUAGAUCCUAGAGUUUCGAAACAUAGUCUCUUGUCAUUGAAGAUGGCAUACAAGAAGAUGUGGAUUCUUCUUAACCUCGGAUGCAAGUUCCUCGGUCACGGACUAAAACAAGACUUUCGAGUCAUCAACAUACACAUUCCUAAAUCACAGGUCAUCGACACGAUCGACUUGUUCUUCCUUAAAACUCGGCUAAGAAGGCUAUCGCUCGCUUUUCUGGCGUGGUAUCUCCUCAAGGAAGAUAUUCAAAUGGAGACCCACGAUUCGAUCGAAGAUUCACGGACAGCACUCAAGUUGUAUAAGAAGUAUCUCGAGUUCCAGGAUGCCGGAAUCUUGGAGACGAUGUUGCAAGAUAUUUAUCGAGCUGGUCGGGAGGUCAACUUUAAACCGCCUCGCAAGGACGAUCAGCAUGUCCCAAGGACGGACACACCUCCACCUUUGCCAAUCGAUGGCUCAACAGGGCCGGUAACACCUGUCAGAAGUAACAACAUUCUGGCACAGACACCUGGAUCUGCAUUUGGAGGUGGAUCUAGCUGGACACCAGGAAAGGGAUCACCAUUACCAUAGGAAUCGGAAGGUGGAAAUUCCAAGAAUGAGGAUCCAGGAGAAGAAGAGUUAUUGAUAGCUUUGUGAGCUCGAAGAGGUGGACGAGCAUUGGAGGGAAAGGCAGCAGCAAAUUCACCAUUGAUGAGAUGGAAAUUCAAUCAGCGUUAGAGAGUAUAAAGUCAAAUUCGAUAUGGGAGAGUUGACGCUGAGCGUACAGUGGCUCUCAAACGCCUAGAAAACAAGUAGCGUACUUAGAGAAAUUUGCUAUCAUAGAUGAG